AUGGUGUGUGUGUGUGUGGACGCCUGCCCAACCUUCUUCCUCUACGACAGGAACCAGCCACCACCAACCAGCAAGCCCUCAAAGGAUCCCUUCCAGGGCCUGAGGAACGCACCCUGGUUUCAGGUUUCGCAUCUGUGUGUCCCCGAGGCUGGCCGCGGCAAAGGCAAGGAGCCUUACUCCAGGGGGACCACGCCUGAGGCUGAGGGCCUUGCUCACAGGGGUGCCUCCUUACCCCAGCAGGAUGGUCCCUCACAGGGGUGCCCCCUUCCCCCAGCAGGAUGCUCCCUCACAGGGGUGCCCCCUUCCCCCAGCAGGAUCCUCCCUCACAGGAGUGCCCCCUUCCUCCAGCAGGAUCCUCCCUCACAGGGGUACUCCCCUUCCUCCAGCAGGAUCCUCCCUUACAGGGGUACUCCCUUCCCCCAGCAGGAUCCUCCUGGACCUUCUUUGCUGCAGAUGAACUCUUCUAUGCACGUGGCUGCUCUUCCCUGCUUGAGUCUGAUGCUGCUUCUCUGGAGCCCGGGACCUUGGGUCCGGGGCCAAGAGUUCCAGUUUGGGCCCUGCCGGGUAGAAGGAGUAGUUCUCCAGAAAUUGUGGCAGGCCUUCUGGGCCAUGAAGGACAUUGUGCAAGCUCAAGAUAACAUCACGAGUGUCCGGCUGCUGCGGAAAGAGGUUCUGCAGAACGUCUCGGAGACUGAGAGCUGCCACCUCAUCCACGCCCUGCUGAGGUUCUAUGUGAACACUGUCUUCAAAAACUACCAUGACAAGGCUGUUGAAUUCGGGAUCCUGAAGUCAUUCUCUACUCUGGCCAACAACUUCUUUGUCAUCGUGUCAAAACUGCAAGCCAGUCAGGAAAAGAUGUUUUCUACCCGUAAGAGUGCACGCAGGCGAUUUUUGCUGUUCUACCAAGCAUUUAAACAGUUGGACAGAGAAGCAGCUGUGACCAAAGCCUUUGGAGAAAUGGACAUUCUCUUGAGCUGGAUGGAGAAAUUCUACCAGCUCUGA